AUGGCGCAAGAGAAACAGACUGGCGAUCUGCAUGCACAACCGAUAUCAUCGUCUCAAAGUGGACAAACACGAGUUGAAAUGAUCAAUGAAUGGCGUGAACAACGACAGGGUAUUAUCAAUGAAAUUGUGCGAGAAGCAAUCAGACAAGCUUCAAAUAAAGAACGAGCUAAAGCUGAUGAUAUUUUGCAUCGACAAUUAAGUGCUGAUGAAUUACACAACACAAAAGAAGAUCUUUUCGAUCAUCUUGAUCAACUGCUAGAACAAUCCCUCAAUAGAGAAUGGAAUUCAUCUGACACGACAGAACUAAAUGAUGACGAUUCGAUAUCAGAGUAUUCACCUUCAGAAAUACCAACAGGUUUCUCUCGACAAUAUCCGAGUCAAAGAUCUGUCGGUUCAAGUGUGGAUCAAGUUUCAGUGCUAUCUACUGAAAAUAAGAGAAUUCCAUGUACUCCAGAUGGGAACAAUGGUGCGGUGGCUUUACACGAAGACGAGUUGGUAUUUGUUCAAGGAGUGGCAAAUAUAAAAUUGGUACCAAUUUUGAAAAUUUAUUUGCUAAAAUUUUGA